AUGGAACGGAAACAACAGCAACAACGAGUACCUCAAGUUCAACUACAAGUACAUCCUCGUCGACAUCGACUUCAACAACUUCAACUAGCACAAGUACGAGUACAUCAACAAGCAGCUCUACAAGUAGUUCAAGCACAAGUACAUCAACCAGUACCUCUACAACCAGUACAAGUACAUCAACAAGCACUUCUUCGACUAGUUCAAGCACAAGUACAUCAACAUCAACAAGCACUUCUACAACGAGCACUUCAACUAGCACUACAUCGACAACAUGUAACAUCGACAACUACAACAGCAUUUAAUUCUUGUAACAAUCUACGUUGGAAUCAAAUAGGUCAGAUCGUUGCUGGAACAACAACACACGGUUCAGGUGCUAGUCAACUAGAUACUCCAACUUGUUUGUAUAUCGACAAUAAUAAUACUCUAUAUAUUUGUGAUAAUAAUAACAACCGUGUUCAAAAAUGGGUUCAAGGUGCUACAACGGGUACAACAGUGGCUGGAGAUAAUACAGGUAAUCAAGGUUCAACAUCUGCAUUGCUCAAUAAUCCCAUAGAUCUUACUUUUGACCAAAAUGGAUUUAUGUAUGUCCUUGAUUAUAGCAAUUAUCGCGUGCAAAAGUUUGCUCCAGGCUCUACUAGUGGCACAACUGUUGCUGGAACGACUGGUAGUAAUUCAGGUGCAUUGACUAAACUAGACAAGCCAACAGCCAUUGGCGUUGACAAUAACUCCAAUAUUUAUAUUCUUGAUACGAAUAAUAAACGAUUAGUAGAAUGGAUUCCAAAUGCAACAAGCGGUACUCUCUUGAUCAGUGAUAAUGAUAUGGAUAAAGACUAUGAUAUUCUUCUCGUACCGAAUUCAUCAAAUCAAAUCUAUAUCAGUGAUCAAAAUUCCAACUUAAUUGGUUUAUGGACAUUUGGUGCGUCAAGUCAAAGUAUGAGUCUCCAAACAGUGAAUGACAGUCAACAUAAUCUUAACAAUCCAACACGCAUGAUUUUAGAUCCGUAUGGUAAUUUGUAUGUUGCUGAUAGAGAUAAUGAUCGCAUCGUUAUGUUUUGUGCCAAUUCAACAGUUGGCAUUGUUGUUGCUGAAGAUGGUAGUUCUGGACCGUCACUCAAAAAACCAAUAGAUCUUGCCUUUGAUUCGGAUCUGAAUUUGUAUGUGCUUCCUAAAGAUAGUGAUCAAGUGGUUAAACUCUCACGAAUUUAA